UGCCCGGUGGGCGCCGCGGCGAGGGGUAGAGAGAGGGAGAUGGCCUUCGCGUCGUUUCUAGUGGCGCCGCCGUUUCCGCCGCCUCCUGCCGCGGCGGCAUGGUGGAGGCGCGCAAGGGAGAGGCCUCGGUGUUUGGUGGCCUCUAGCCGAGGCGGCGACCCGGCGCCGCCGACAUUCGAGCGGCUGCGGGAGCAGCUCCUCCAACUCCACGCCGAAGCCGACCUCACCCAAUCCAAAGCAAAUAGUUCUAGGGUGAGGCUUGUGCGAUUGACCCAGGCUGCUGAGAAUCUUAAGAAAAGGGCCGUGGUCAGUGUCCGAAUAGGCAGAGAAAAUGAGGCUGUUGACUUACUUGUGCAAAAGAAGAAGUUGACGAAAGCUCUGGAGAACAUAAAAGAGCGCAUUGAGCUCCUUGAUAAGCUUUCUGCAAAGAUUAGUGAGGCUAUUUCAGUGAAGCAGAAUAUGUUAAUUGAACACGCAUUGCAUUCAGGGAUGCCAAGGGGAGAAGAGUCCAGUGAAGAGAUAAGAGUUUUCUCUGGUGAAGUUGAUGGGGGGGCUGGCGAGACUAGUUAUUAUGUUCCCAAAUCAGUUGAAAGGCAGUCUUCUGAGAUGAAAAGUGUGGUAUAUUCAAACUUGGCUGUUCAGUCUGAGCAAAGCGAACUUCAGAUGGCUGAUAGCUCCAUAAUAUCCCAGGAUAGUGCCCCACCAAAUAGCAUAAAGGAUUGUUCUGCAUAUGAUGACUUUGUACAGCAUAUUGGUUCACAGCUGAAUUCAUUAGAAUAUGAAAUUGAGCAGUAUAUCAGUUUGCAGCAAACAGAAGAGGUGGACAUUCAGCAGUCGAUAAAUGGCAAGUGGAACAAAUUGUCAGCCAUAUUGAAGCUUAUAACCGAAACUAGAGAAAGGAUUGAAAAGAUUUCGGAGACUACACUAAGUGAGACGGGAUCUGAUGGCUUGAGAUGAUUAGCAAACUAGAAAUAUUAAAUUUGUACCAUCAAACCAUGUCUAUUUGUUUGCAUGACCUUGCUCAUCAAGCUCAUCUGCACCAGGAGCCUCUUUGAUUGCUGUGAAUACAGAAGGUGAAGAACGCACCCGAUGCAAAGCUGGUGUGGAUACUAUAUUGCUGUUAUCCAGAGUGGAUGGAGGAUGAUCGAGAGUACAAAAGUUAGCUUUGGAAUUACUGUUUGGAUGAAAAGAAGUUGUGCACCGGUUUGGGACAUCACAGAAUUUGCUUCUGUCUUGCAUGGAAGAAGGGGGCUUUUGAUCGCAGCGGACUAAAGGCAGCAGAGGCUCUUCCAUGGAAGACAUAUUUGAGCUUGGAUUCAUCAGCUUGCAGCUCUCAGGGGUAAUCAUGCACUGAGUCUGUACUUGCUGCAAGUGCGCUAAAUAGGUUCUGCAGAAUUAAAUUUGGCGUUACGUGCUGGUACCAAGUUGACGAAUGACAAUGGCUUGUCAACAUUCUGAUACUGCAAUUUGGUUUUCUGCCCUCUGGGUUGAUCCAUUGUAUCUUAGGCAGUACCAUAUUCUGCAGGGCUCUGUUCUGCAACUGGGAUGGGGACAUGUCAGUUUCUUGUGGUGCCGAAAUCUUAUUGUCGGUGAGUGAGGUACAAUUGCGCCGACUGAAAGCUUCUCAAGCUGGAGAUCUUGUUUGCGGGUGAUCCAUGUCUCUUCCGAGUGGUCUGUGUCUGUGUAUGGACGUCUGCAUAGAAGGCUCUAGGCAAAACUGUACGACUUUAUGUGGAUUUUACCGGAGACUCGGACAAUUUAGUAGUCCCAAGUUAGCGUACAAGCCUCUGGUGGCAUAAAUGUAAAAAUAAUCAGAUUGUGCCAUGCCUGGUUCCGGUAUCAAGCAUAUGCAGUUUCUCAUGUUGGUCACCAAAUGAAAAAAAUACUCCAUAUACA